CUUGCCGCGCGGCUCCUCAUUGCCAGGUGCUGUGCCGUACUGCCACCGUUUGACUCAUCAGCUUUGAUGUAACAACAGGCAGGGCACCGCCUCUUCCACAGCCUAGUUAUAAGACAACGAACAAUGCCGUUUGUGACCUGACAAUUUCAAACGCAACAGCUUCCGCCAUCACAAGUAGCACCACCAUCAUGGGUUGUUUCACUUCGUCUCUUCAGUCCCCUAGCACGGGAGACGCCAUAGGAACUAGAGCCGAACGCCCUGGAUAUUCGGCUUCCACGACCGAGGAUCACUCACCAGCGCUCCAAUCCCCCCUCGAGGCAUUGCCCGUUGAGCUUCAGACCCUCAUCUUCUCCAAUACUCCGGACCUGCGAUCGCUCCAAUCGCUUGUACGCUCCUCUCCGAUCUUGCAUCGAGCAUAUUGCGGCGACCGAUUGCGAAUCCUUCAGUCUGUACUCAGCAAUAUCUUAGGUGGAAUAGUUGUCGAAGCCUUGGCGACCCCACGUUGCGACACGGCACUAUUUGAAGAGGCUAGCGAAGCGUUUUUCCAGUGGCCAUUUGACAAAGAAGACGAAGCAAGGUACAAUAUGCCAGAAGAUUACUGGCUAGCUCGACUGGACCUCAGUGACACCAUCAAGAUCCACCAUUUCCACAUUCGGGUCAUGGACCCACUUACAGAACAAUACGUCAACUGGGCAUUAGCAUCGUUAAAUGUCUUCCCUGAGGAGGAGACAACCUGGCGGCAACCCUUGAGGACCACGGAGAGACGCCGGGUCCAACGAGCCAUGUAUCGCCUGCAAGUAAUAAACAACGUCAAUUACCAGGACGAGCGCCAACGCCUACGACUCUUUUCGAUGUUCCCUCCAUGGGGGGUCGAGCAGGUCAUUUGCAUCCAGGAUUUUGCAAGGGAGAUCAAGAGCGAGGUUCUCCAAGACAGCGCCUUGAUAGAAGAAAUGGCCGAUUAUGAGACCCAGGAUGUGAGACGCGAAUGGUUUUACUCCAAGUACGAUUCGGCUCAGGACUUCAGAAACAUAAUGGCAUUCAACGGCGACGACAUACAUUCUCCUCCACUGGCCUGGGUCCUCUUUUGGCGGGGCGAGUAUAGCAGUCUUUACGGCAACUACAUUGAUCUUGAACUGCGUCGCUUCGGCUAUGUUAUGUGGGAUGCAGCCCGGCUUGGCGAAAGGGCCCAGGCUCGUAUUGACUAUCAUUCAUUCAUUGACUUGGGCUGGACAGACGCCCAAGACCCCAGGUGGGAUUACUAUGAUCCAUCUGUAAGGGAUGAACAACCAGAAGAUUCAGGUCCACGAUUUUGCCGUUAACUGGCCCUCUUUCAGUGUUGGAGGAAAUUUCAAUCCCGGACCCCAGACAAUGCCCCAGCUUACUUUGAAAUCACAAGUCUUGGGACAUCUGCCGCCUGCAAUACAAUGGUCUUUGGUAUUUUCAAUAUCGCUCCGAUCUCCUUGGUUUCUUCUUUGGAAUAUCUUCAGGGCACCAAUGUGUAGUGUCAGGUCUCAAAGACCAGUGGCACUUCUCAUCGCCUCUACCUUCCACUGCGCUGGUCAGGAGAGGUGGUGAGCGACAUCUGAGCUUGUCUUCGAACUCUUACCCGAACGAGCCUCAGGCUUCUUAAAAGGUGCAGUAUUUUGAGUACAUGCUGGGAAACUAUCCCAAGUACAUUGUCGACGCGUCAUACUUUGUGAUUGUUCCGUCCCAGC